AUGGACGCGAAUUUCUACAAAUUUCUCGAACUGUCGGGUAACCGUUACCGAUGACACAAAUCUAACACCGCUACUUGCCGACUACUGGAGUUUCACAGCAUACGCCGCAGAAUAUCCAAAUAAUAUUUUUGAGUUAAAUUUCAUCAAAUGGCAGCUGAACGGCAAAAUCAAAACGGCAACACCCUCUCACAACAAUACGCUGCAAACUUCACCGCAGCAAGUAAAUACAACGCCUCAAUAUCAAACUUCACCGCAGCAAGUAAAUACAACACCACAAUUUCAAACUCCUCCACAGCAAGUAAAUACGUCGCAAUAUCAAACAUCACCACAACAGAUUUCCGUGCCGUCGCCAAGUAAAGUUUUAACUGCAGACUUCCCUCCACUACCCGUUAAACUUGCAAAGUUAAAGAAACAUGUCAACAUUGUCGAAGGUCAGUUUAACGCAUUCACACUCGAACUGCCACGAACCCCUGAACAAGCCACCGAAACCAUUAUCAUUGACGAAAAAUCCACUACAGUCGAACCCGAUAAUAAAAUAACCGACAGCGAACCAACAUUUCCCUCCCUCACUGCAUAUCUUGAAGAUUUCAUGUCGGCCAACGAGGAAACGCAAAUACCCCAAGUAUACACCACGCCGGUGAAAGUAACACAUCGCGGUAAAGAUAUUUUGGCGGCAAGAAAGAGUUUCGAAGAAGAAAUAGAAACGGAAAAAAAAGAGAAAAAAACGCCAGCAAGAAAGUGUAAACGUGAGCCAGCGGAUGUAGCCAUUGACGCCCGCGAUACUUUCACUUUCCAUUCAAUGCUCCAGUUAAAUCAAAUAGGUUCACACACCCCCUUUUUUUUUUCGUACAUCGUCUAUCAUUACUACUAA